AUGGCAACUCCAAAGCUAUCGAAGCCGCCGGACCCUAUUGCCCAGGCGGCUGAAACGGGGAGAAGCCGCAGAAGCUAUUACUCCUUUGGCAACGAAGGUAUCACUGCAACCGUGGGCACGUCUGGGCGCUUGAUGCAAAUAAGUCGAUACAUUCCUGGGAAGAAGACUGGUUUUUGCGUCAGCGAUCCUGACAUGCCUCAGCCAUACUAUGUGUGGUGGCGCCUCGACACGCUCCUGUCCCAAGCUCGUGAUAUCUCUUCCAAAGCAGGGAUCGGUCCAUGUAUGGACUCUUUAUGUUCAUGGGACUUCCCCGCCAAAGAAGAUGUUGUCAAUGAUCGAUGGCCAACUUUCUCUCGAACCUCGAAGAACGGUAUUCCAUUCAAGCUGCGAUACGUGGCCUCUGGCAGCACUGUCUACCAGGAAUUUGAAUUCGACUACAGCGACGAAAAGUCGGAAGGCAAGCCACUGCCUUCUCUUUCGGUGAAACCCGACGUCCUCAUCAGAGAACUCGAUUUCGUCGAUAACGACAACAAAUUCAACAGGAAUUUGAACGAGGGCGAAGCUUAUGCUUAUGAGACACAUGUGUACGGCAAUCGCAUCUCUCGAGAACACAAGAUUGGCAAUGAGAAAAUUGUCUUCGGCAUACAGGUGUUGAACGAACAAGCUUCGGUCGACUUUAUGGAGUCCGAAGAUCCCCUCGAGCCUGUUGCCCAUCCUGAGUCUGUCGAGACGUCUGAGUCUCCCGAGCCCACCGGUUUUGUUGAGUCCACUGAGCCCGCUGCCUACGCAGAGUCAUCCGCGUCCGACGAAUCGGCCCAGUCUGUCAAAUCCACCCACCAAGGUCCUACAUACAGCAUUCAUUGGAGUUCAGCAACGGAAGAAAGUGCGUUGGAAAACGGUUCAAAGGGAAAAGUUCUGAAGAUAGUCCUAGCUUACACGCUUGAGGCUGUGUCGGACGACGAAUCUGGCCGGCUCCCUCCACCCUCAUGGAGUAGUUACUCUGAAGCCAAGAAUCUCUUUGAGACCUUCGAGACCCACCCCUUGGUAGACGAUCCAUCUCUUGACUUCUUCAUGAGAAGAAACCUAGAGCACAUCCUAUCGGUCUGCAGCAUUCCGGUGACCGAGACCAAAGGUGAUGAGAUUCCUGCGAUCGCCCUCACUUGCGGUGAUGUCGACGGGCACCGCGUUGCCUCGGCAGCAAGCUUCUACGCCUUCCAGUUUCUUCUUCUUGCGUUGCGUCACUUCAGGUUUCAGCAUGAAUCAUUGCCGUGCAGUUGCGGGAAGACGCCUUCAACCACCGUUGGAGGUCCUUACAUCUGCGUUAUGAAGAGGCGCAUCGAGCGUGUAUGCAAAGGCCAUAUCAAGUGGCUGUUUCAGGAGGUCAAUCCAUCUGGCAAGCUAUUUUGUCCCAAUUAUUGGAUCAACGGCGAGGAAAUCACCGGGUGGCAACAGAACGAGUAUCUUCCACAAAAGUCACUUGUCGAUGCCCCUUUCCAAUUCAUUAAGGCCGGCGACUUCUAUGAGCUCAUUGGAGAGAAGAUGCCGAACGUCGAAGCCCAGGCUAUGAGGUUGGCUCUCAAAGCCUGGGUAGACGAUCUUGACAGUAUCAACAAGCUGGGACUCUACGCGUUCCCAUGUUACGAAGAGGACACGGAUAGGGAACCGACGCAGACCUUUUAUCUCACGGAUCACGCAUUGAUCUGGCAAGCUUUGAAGUCCGCGGAAAACAUUCGCCUCGCUUCCAAAAUCAAGUCUCAAAAAGACAAAUCUUAUUCGUCGCACAAACUGCAACAAAACAUUCUCAAGAGAUUCACGACCGAGAAUCCAAUGUCCAAACAGAGAAUGAUAGCGGCGAAGCGAAGCCCGGCUCAAACGCGAUUUCUUUUCCGCGCAAAAGACGCUGCUCUGUUUCGCGCUAUGGAAUUGGGACUUUUCAAGGCCCCUGGAGCAAGUGUUGAGAAGGGCGAUUUGCAAAGCAGUAUCGAUGUAUGGAAUAACACCAUCAACUGUCAGCAACAUCAUGAAGAAAACGACGACGCUGACUGGGACGACCCGCGAAGGUUUGCAUUGGCUAUCAUCAUGGCUCAGUACAAAAAGCCCAUGAACCUCCGACCAAGAGCAGAGAUGCUUGAACACGCCAUUUCUGUGCUGCUCAGGAGCUCCUCCGCCAACGGAAGUUUCUCUGGAAAGCUUGCUAAGCAUGAACCGGCCAUUUACGAAAGCGAGAGGCUGCGAGACAACCACUGGGGGACAACAUUCGAGGUCCCUUACAUUCUAUGGAAAUACUAUUGUGCAAGGCCAGAAGACGAACGCCAGGCUGUUGAGGCCAAAACGGUUCAUGACCGCCUCGAAUCCAUGUCACACACCAUGACCCAGAUUUGCACACUUUUGGGCGAUUUAGCGGAAGGGCAGACGGGAUCGAAGGGACACAAACGUCGCCAUGGUUAUUGGAUGAAACACAACUUGCCCUUCAAUAACAUGGUGGACGAAGAAAACAUUAUAGAGCUACAAGAUGAGUGGCUCUACAAUGAACCUGCGUUCUUCUCCCCGGCCCCGGUCAUCCAAGCGGAACCGAAUGUUUCUGGCGAAGCAAGCAAUGACCAUCGAGCAAGCAUCGAAAAUUUCAGACUAAGAAACACCCACUCAACUGUUGUUCCCAUGAGAACUAGCAACCAAUUUGUUGGGCUCAUGAUCGAUGUGCCCAAACGAAAACCACUCAAGAAGAAGAGGUCUGAGGAGGAAGGAACUUCAAUUAUUACCAUCACAACUGAUCAGGGUGUCUUGGACCUCACGCGAAAUGUGAGGAGGGACAAAAAGAAAUCUAAGAAAAGGUUCUGGGCAUUUGUCUCUGCAAGCCCAUCUUCCAACCAGGCUUGCAUUGAAACAGUCCCCUCGGGAGAAGAAAAGGAGGCGAAGGAGAUAGAAACUUUCGUCUCUAGACACGAGACUUACGAUAACUUCUUUACGGAAGUAACAGCUGCGAUAUUGAAUACUUGGACGACGGAAUUUCACCUGUCAUUUUACUCGCUCGUUCAGGUCAAGAAAGAGCGUAGUCAACGGACUGGGGAUAUGGGAGAAUCGCGUGAUAUUCCUUUUCCAACGCAGAAGAUUGCCAUGGGUUUCCGAUUUGAAGGCGACUUUUUCGAUCGAUAUUGGACUUGUCGCUUCUUGGAAGCUGAUCCAGAGAAGUCCAAGUCUUCGAAGGAGGAAACAGUUGGGAGGAUGAGAUCUAUGCUUGGUCAGGCUGGUAAAGAAGAGUGGGUUGAUCUUCAGUAUGGACUUGUUUCAACAGUAAAGACAGGUCCCUGGCAACAACGCAGAGUCUUGGAGCUCAAACUGUUCGAAGCGGUCGUGGAAAGAAUGAAUGAGAGCGCAAAAGGCAUCCUAGACGAGGCCAAGGAAAUAUUCGAGGGGAAGAGGGAUAACUUAGAGAAGAGGCUGAAAUUGCUCAAUGAAACGCAGGAAAACUCGAAUCCAGCACGCAAAGUAAACACGCCAACCGAAGCCGACGGGCAAUCGAAUCUAUCUAUAGAUUACCGGAGUUUUCUUGUCACGAGCAGGCAGCUCCAGAAGUUCCAAAACACAUUACAGGCAGUGGAAGGGGACUUUUCGGAGAACAACGCGAAGAUAGAGUUAUGGCUGAAGCGAGAGAAAGAUCGCCAAGCGGAGCGGCCACGAUGGACGUUCAACGACGAAAGUCGAUACCGCGUCAUCAUACACAAGUUACUCGUCAAAAAUGACCGCAACAUUCAGGAACUUAGGAGAAAACACGCCAAAAUUUCGGGUCUCAUCGAAUCAAUCACGAAGGAGCUGGAGCUUGUGCGUAGCAACCUCGAAAUCAUGCGCAGCGACCAAGAUCAGGAACGCAGCAACCUGGACCAGAGACGCGCCGAGGACAUUAAGCUGUUCACGUAUGUGACGGCCUUCUUUCUACCAUUGGGCUUCGCGACUGGUGUGUUCAGCAUGAGCGAAGCGCCUGAGGUUCAGACGCUUGGAAAUAUGAUUGCCACUGCAGUCGGAGGGUUGGUGUUCACUGCGCUGCUGCUACUCGCUGCGAAAAGCAUCCAUAUCAAAGACUUGAUGCGAUUGCUUCGGUCAACCAAUUCAGGCUUUGGUGGCAAGCAAAGCAAACUCGCAAGCACCAUCAACUCCAAGGUUUCUCAGACGGUCUUGGGGUCCAGGGCGAGCACCUCAUCCUAG